AUGACCACAGAAGAAUUUCUCUUAGGUUACCGUCGUUUCAUAGCUCAAAGAGGUACUCCAUCGCAUAUAAUUAGUGAUAAUGCAAAGCAGUUUAAAGCCGCUAGUUUAGUGAUAGAUAAGAUAUGGCAUUGUAUAUUACAUAGUCAUGAAGUUCAAAGCUACUCUGCAAAUGCAAACAUCCAAUGGAAGUUUAUAAUAGAGCUCGCGCCCUGGAUGGGAGGAUUUUACGAGAGGCUAGUCGGUCUUGUAAAAAGAUCAUUCAGAAAAGCUGUGGGGCGAAAACUCUUAACUAUCAUUCAAGCUCAAACACUUAUCAAAGAAAUUGAAGCCGUAGUGAACUCAAGACCUUUAGUCUAUAUUGGUGAUGAUGUAAACUCUACAAUUGCAUUAACACCGAGUCAUUUUCUUACGUUGAAUCCAAAGAUCGGUAUUCCACAAGUUUCGGACGAAAAUGACAGUGAAUAUUUGCCAACAGAAAGCUCUUCGGAAAAGUUGUUGAAAAUUUGGAAGAAAGGUCAAAAACUUUUAAAUAAAUUUUGGCAAAUAUGGAAGAAUGAUUACUUACUAAGCUUACGAGAAAGAAUGCAAACACGUUUGAAAGCAAGUCGUAUUCAGUCGCCUGUAAAUCCAACAAUUGGAGAUAUUGUUAUUGUAAAAGAAAACUUUUCUCGAGGCAACUGGAAACUGGCAAAAAUUGAGAAGUUAAAUGUCAGUCGAGAUGGUGCUAUAAGAUCAUGUCAAAUUAAAUUGGCUUCAGGAAAUGUUCUGAAUCGUCCAAUGAAUUUACUUUUUCCCAUUGAAACGACUCAAAAUGAUAUAGUUACAAAAGAAAAAAGUGAUGAAAAUGUGCUUGAAGAGCAAUUAAUACGUUCAAACAGAAACAAAAACAAGAUGCAAAGUUAUCAGAUGUCCGAACGUAAUGUACGUUCUGCAGCAUCAAAAGCGUUAAAAGCAAUUAAACAACAGUUAUCCGAAUAA